GCCGUUUUGGUUCAGGCGGCAACCUCUGAGCAUUAGGAUCGCUGGCACUUUUGCGAGCAUCGGGAUCGCUGGCGCCAAUGCCGGUCCAGAACGAGACAUCCUUUCUGGAUGGGUAUCAGGAUAUGGUAAUCCAGAUCGCAGGUGUAGAAGUGACACCGGCAGUGAUGCUGGCCUGCAUUGUUGCAGUGGUCUGUAUAUGUUCAGUCUUGUUGGUUGCGCACACUUCUGGUAGAUCUGGCAAGACAUGUUCGGCGCGCCAUAUACUCAUGGCUAAUGAGCAGGAUUUGCUGAAGGCGAAGUCGCGGAUUGAUGGUGGGGAGGAUUUUUGCAAAGUGGCGAAGGAAUGCAGCACGUGUCCUUCUGGCCAGAGCGGUGGAUCACUGGGCUGCUUUACUCCUGGCUCCAUGGUGCCUGCCUUCGACAGGGUCUGCUUCGCUCCAGACACUGAAGUUGGCAAGCUCUAUGGACCAAUACAGACGCACUUCGGUUACCACCUGAUCAUAGUCGAUGAGCGCUCGGGCUGCGAGAUGGAUGUGGGAGAGGGCGCCAAGAACUGCCUGAAGGAGGAAUAAGGCAGGACAUGUUCUGGCCAUGUUGGUGCAUUGUAGCUGUGAAGAGAGUGACAGACAGAGGGAUGACGCUAUGAAACAUGUGUACGUAGCCUUCCGGAUUUUUUUGGGUGAGGCGAGCGUUGACAGUAGCCGGUGCGCACUGGAUACGCAAGUCGGUAACCGAAUGUGGGCGUUGCGACUUGGCAUGAAAUACGCAGCCUCCCGUCUGGGUAAUCGGGGGCGUUCGGUGCGCGCGCCUGCGAUCACCAUCUCGCUCACUUCCCUCCCUACAGUUGGCCCUCAGCUCCUCCCGGU